AUGGCCCCAGUGACAAGCGAAAGACCUACUGAAGGGGGAAUCUCGCCUGAAGUGAAGAAGGAUCGCAAGAAGGAAGAAGAACUUUCUGAAGAAGAUCAAAAGUUGAAUGAUGAUUUGGAAUCGUUAGUGGAGAAGUUGAAUGAGCCUCAUACAGAAUCCGAUGCGUAUACUCAAUCAUUAACCGAAUUAAAAGAACAUAUUCGUGAUUCUACAACCUCAAUGACUGCUGUUCCAAAACCAUUGAAAUUCCUUAGACCUCAUUUCCCCCUUUUAACUGAAGUUUAUGAAAAAUGGUCAACCAAAUUUGGUGCUGAUAAUAAUGCAGUGGUAUCCUUGGCAGAUAUUUUAUCGGUAUUGGCUAUGACUUAUUCUGAUGAUGGGAAACGUGAUUCUCUUAAUUAUAGAUUACUUUCUUCUCAAGAUACAAUUGUAGAUUGGGGUCAUGAAUAUUUACGUCAUUUGGCUUUGGAAAUUGGUGAAGCUUAUCAAGAAAAUUUAGGGACUGAUGAAUCUUUGAUUCAUAAAUUAACUCAAUUAUCCAUGAAAAUUGUUCCAUAUUUCUUGAAACAUAAUGCUGAAGCUGAUGCAGUUGAUUUACUUUUAGAAAUUGAAAAUAUCGAUAAAUUGCCUCAAUUUGUUGAUGAAAAUACAUUUGCAAGAGUCUGUCUUUAUAUGGUAAGUUGUGUUCCCUUUUUGGCUCCUCCUGAUGAUUUGUCAUUCUUGAAUACCGCAUACACAAUCUAUUUAUCAAAUAAUCAAUGGCCUCAAGCUUUAACUUUGGCUAUCAAAUUGGAUGAUGUCGACUUAAUCAAACAAGUUUUUAACUCAACUGAUGAUGAAUCCAUACACAAACAAUUGGGAUUUGUAUUAUCUCAACAAUAUAAUAAUUUUGAUUAUGGGGGUGAAAAUGCUGAAGUUCAAGAAGCAAUUUCAAAUACAAAAUUACAUGAAUAUUAUUCUUAUUUAACUAAAGAAUUGAAUUUGUUGGAUCCAAAAACUCCAGAAGAUAUUUAUAAAUCACAUUUAGAAUAUCCUAAAUAUUUAUUUGGAUCUUCAGGUGCAAUUGAUUCUGCGAAACAAAAUUUGGCAGCCGCAUUUGUCAAUGGUCUACUCAACUUUGGAUUUGGGUCUGAUAAAUUAGUUCAAACUGAAGAAGAUAAUAAGUCUUGGAUUUACAAAACAAAGGGUCAAGGUAUGGUUUCCACUACAGCUUCUUUGGGUUGGAUACAUCAAUGGUCUGCUGAUGAAGGUUUACAAGUUUUGGAUAAAUAUACCGAAUCAACAGAAGAUGAAGUUAAAGCAGGUGCUUUAUUAGGAACUGGUAUUGUUUCCUCAAGAGUUCAUGAUGAAUCAGAUGCAGCAUUUGCAUUGCUACAAGAAUAUGUUCUUGACCCCAAAAAGGCGUUACAAACAUCUUCUAUUAUGGGUUUGGGUAUUGCCUUUUCCGGGACAUCCAAUGAAGAUGUAUGCUCAUUAUUAUUACCAUUAAUCUCUGAUUUGGAUGUUUCAUUGGAAAUCUCAUGUAUUGCUGCCUUAUCUUUGGGUCAUGUAUUUGUGGGUACUUGUAAUGGUGAAAUUACUUCUUCAAUUUUACAAGCAUUAUUAGAAGGUGAUAUUGUUGGUUUGAGUAGUAAAUACGUCAAGUUCAUGGCUCUUGGGUUGGGUUUGUUGUACAUGGGUAAACAUGAACAAAUAGAAGAUGUGUUGGAAGCCAUUAGUGCCAUUGAAUAUCCAAUCAGUAAGAGCUUAAAGGUUCUUGUGAAUAUUUGUGCAUAUGCUGGAACUGGUAACGUUUUACAGAUCCAAUCAUUGUUGCAAAUGUGUACAGCCAAGCCAAAGGAUACUUCAGCAGAAGAAAAAUUAUUGGAACAAAGUGAAGAAGAUCAAAUGAAGAAAGAACAACAACCUUCUGGUGAAGAAAAUAACGAAACCAUUGAAGCUGAUGGUGACGUUGUUAUGGAAGAUGCUACUGAGGCCCCUGAACUGACGAAUGCCGCUGCUGCUACUGCCCCCACCAACACCACGGCCAACACAGAAGAAUCUAAGCCUAAAGUAGAAGAUAAGUCUUCAACAGAAGAGAACGAGAAGGUUGAUGAAGACGAAGAGGAAGAAGAUGAAUUGUAUCAAGGAUUUGCUGUAUUGGGAUUGGCCAUAAUUGCUAUGGGAGAAGACAUUGGACAAGAUAUGUCUUUAAGGCACUUUUCUCAUUUGAUGCAUUAUGGGAAUUCAUUAAUCCGUAGAUCAGUUCCAUUAGCCAUGGGUCUUGUAUCUGCUUCCAAUCCACAAAUGAAGGUAUUUGAUACCUUAUCACGUUAUUCCCAUGAUCCUGAUUUAGAAGUUGCUCAAAAUGCCAUUUAUGCUAUGGGAUUGGUUGGUGCUGGUACUAAUAAUGCCAGAUUAGCUCAAUUAUUGAGACAAUUGGCAGUUUAUUAUAUUAAGAAUGCUGAUACUCUAUUCAUGGUAAGAAUUGCUCAAGGUAUAUUACAUUUAGGGAAAGGUACUUUAACGCUUAACCCUUUUAAUACUGAAAGGUCUAUAUUAUCAAAGGCAUCAUUGGCAUCGUUAUUAACCAUUGCUGUUGCAUUAUUGGAUCCUAAAGAUUUCGUUUUGAAUGAUUCUUAUACCGAAGUAUCUCAUCAAUUAUUAUACUUUUUAACCCCGGCUAUUCAGCCCCGGAUGUUGGUUACUGUUGAUGAGAACCUCGAGCCAAUUAAAGUCAAUGUACGUGUUGGACAAGCUGUUGAUGUUGUGGGACAAGCUGGUAAACCCAAGACCAUUACUGGUUGGGUGACACAAUCUACUCCGGUAUUGUUGAAUUAUGGCGAGAGAGCUGAAUUGGAGAAUACUGAGGAAUGGAUUAGUUUAAGUAAUUCAUUAGAGGGAAUUACAAUCUUGAAGAAGAAUCCAGAUUACAUGGAAACUGAUAGUUAA